CAUCUCCCUCUCUCUCUCUCUCUCUCGCUCUCUGUCUGUCUGUCCCUCUCUCUCUCUCAUGGCCCACCUCACCUCUCUCGACCCCCAAAUCUUCCAAGCCAUCGCGGGCACCUCCUUUCAAAUCCCCACCGUUGAUUCCUCCGUCUACUACUUCCCCCAAGGCCACGCUGAGCAUUUUUCCACACCUCUUCCAAAUGCCCCCUCUCAUUCCCCCUUCAUCCUCAGUCAAAUCUCAGCCGUCCGUUUCCUUGCUGAUCCUGACACCGAUGAAGUAUUCGUCAGUAUCUGCCUUCAAUCCCUCCCGCACUCAUCCAUCCGUCCAUUGCCCGUCCCACCACCUGCCGACCCCACCCCGCCGGAGAAGACCAUCGUCUCCUUCGCCAAAAUCCUCACCCCGAGCGACGCCAACAACGGAGGAGGAUUCUCGGUCCCGCGCUUCUGCGCCGACUCGAUCUUCCCUCCUCUGAACUUUGAGGCGGACCCACCGGUGCAGACAAUCACAGUCAGAGACGUCCAUGGAGUUGCCUACGAGUUCCGCCACAUCUACCGUGGGACGCCACGUCGACAUCUGCUGACCACCGGGUGGAGCAGGUUCGUCAACAGCAAGAAGCUCGUCGCGGGCGAUUCUGUAGUCUUCAUGAGGAACUGCCGCAGCGGGGAGCUCUUUGCGGGUGUGCGACGGACCGCGCGGUCAUGCGGCAGCGGGGGAGGGUAUCUACGGUGGCAUUGUCGGGAAUUGGAAGAUGGGUUCUUGAGGGGCGGGCAAGGGAGGGCUAUGGCGGAGACGGUGGCGGAGGCGGUCCAGCUGGCAGGGAAAGGGAGGCCAUUCAAGGUUGUGUAUUAUCCGAGGGUGGGGUCUGCAGAUUUCGUGGUGCGGGCGGAGGCUGUGGAGGUGGCGAUGAAGGUGCAUUGGAUGGUGGGGAUGAGGGUUAAGAUGGCGGUGGAGACGGAGGACUCAGCACGGAUGGCUUGGUACCAGGGGACAGUGUCGUCUGUUGGGGCUACAGAUGGUGGGCCGUGGCGGGGCUCACCUUGGCGCAUGCUUCAGGUCACCUGGGAUGAACCGGAUGUAUUGCCAAAUGUUAAAAGGGUAAGCCCUUGGCAGGUGGAACUGGUACCUAACACAGCACAAAUUCAAUUUCCAUUUCCACCCACAAAGAAAAUUCGACUUCCUCAGAGUCCCGAAUUUCCAGCUGAUGGCGGGGGCCCAAUGUUCCUUCCACUGACAGGAUUAACUAAUACGAUGACGGGCCACGUGAAUCCAUCACUGUUCAAUUUCAACACUUCUCCUGCUGGCAUGCAGGGAGCCAGGCAUGAUCCAAUUUGUGUGUCAACCAACUUCAUACCUAAACAACAUCACUCAUUGUUCUCUGAUAAUUUCUUUGGCAACAAAAUGUCACCAAAGGUCAGUUGCGUGUCCACAGAAUUAAACAUUGGGAGCACAUCACGUUCUGAGAAUUCAUCUCCGAAGAGCCAGGGCAGUGUCCAUUUCGUUGGCGAGGAGCUUUUCAGUAACCAGACCUGCAAGGCGACAGUAAAGGAUGGUGGUGGUUCUUUCCAGUUGUUUGGUCAGACCAUCCAAACGAAACAGCCUGUCGAAGGUGGGAGCUUUGGUAAUGGUGUGCGCACAAACAAUGAUGCUAGUAAAGGAUACAAAGAGAUUGGUGGUGUGGGUGGAACACUUGAUUUUUCCCUCACCAACCCAUAUAAGCAGUUGUAUGACCAACUUGAUGUCCAGUGUCAAAGAGUUUCAGCUGUAGAAGCAUGUUCUUUAUAAAGGGGAAAGUGGCUGCUUUUGCAACUUGCAGAUGACAAGUUAUAAAGGUAUUCUUGGAAGAUGGGAAGCCAACUCUUGCAGUAGUAACCCUAGAAAAUGUUAUGUGUUUUCCUAGUUGUUGUUCGAACUCUUAUGUGUGUUUGGAUGUAGUUUUGAAUUGAAUAGCAGGUUGUUCAUAUAAUGAAGUGGAAGUGAUUGAAUACAAAUGAAAUUACUUUCAUGUUGGACUUGUGAAGGAAUUCAAUUGUGUCUUCAAGGGAUGCAUCUCUGUGGCUAAUGUCAUUGCAAUUUGGUCAUUUCCUCUUUGAUUGAAUUGAAUCUUUGCAAUUCAAUUCAGUUGUGCAUCCAAACACACCCGUAAGUUUUAGCUUGUGGACUCCCAAACUUAAAAGACAUCUUUGUAUUAUUUAAAAAUUUCAGGAUCA